GGGAUAUCAGAUUGCUGUACGGAGCACUUGUGGCUGAUCUGAUCUAAACUGAUGGUCACGUGGCUGCCAACCCAUCUCAAGCAAUGAGGCAUUAAGCUUGCAGAGUUGAUUAACUGGUUGAUUGACUUCCAUCCAUUGCUUUGUCCCAUAAUCUUCACAGAACAAGGAAUCAACACCAAGGAAUGAAGAAAAGAAAGCGCAAAUAAUCAAAGAAACAACUUCCUUUGUAUUUUAGAUAUUUCAUUUCAUUUGACUGAAUUCAAUCAUUACUUUGUACUCGAUCAAGAGGAAAAAGGUCUUAUUCCAUUUCCUAGCGAGAAACUCCGUUUGCAUCAUCAAUUUAAAUGGCCUUUGAAGCUAUUGUGUCGUUCAAUGUGUUCCGCGACAUCGUGAAUCUCCAUAUAUCAACACGCGCCAAAGAAUACAAUCAACCAUAGUAAUUACUGCGCAUGCGAUUCAAAUGCUUCACGAGAUACGUUAUUGAUCCUGCUUCUGAUUGAGACGCGUAGACGAAGAACCUGCCCGCGUGUUGGGUGCGAAAAAGUGAAUCUGCGCUUUCAUUGUUCUGAUUCUCGAGACUGAUCCGAAUAGCUUCACCCAUAGCUACGGGUUUUCGGAUCAAGAAGCAGCAGUACAUCCAAGCUCUCCUCUGAAUAUAUCCUCUCACUCUUUGCUUCUUGCUUUCUUCUAGAAUCCGCAAGACGAGAACAUUUGAAGUGCGUGUUGCGCAUCACAAUAGCUUUAAAGACAUCAAUUUCAAUUUCGAGUCCCUCGAAUACUCUCAACCCCUCACAAUAUCGCUGCUAAGAUAGCAAAUUUACGACAACUUAACAAACAAUGUCUACAAGGCGUACUACUCGAGCUGGUAGCCGCACUGCUACUAGUGUUUCCGGAUCUAAUGCUGUUGGUCCUGAAGAUAUACCAGCAGCUCGAACACCAGGUAGAGGCCGUCCUAGGAAAUCAGCUGGCUCAGUAAUUGGUUCUGAACGCGGCUCUGGUCCUCCUCCCGUGGCAGCUUCUACAAGUACUGCGUAUGGUACAAAUACACUUGCGCUACCAAAUUAUGGCCCAAGAGUAGCCCCAUUGGCAAACGAUAUCUCUUCUGUCAUUGAAGGUCUUUUGGAGCCAGAAUCUUCUGGCAAGGGAACCAGACCUAGAGCAAAUACUCCCGAAGAACCAGUUCCUGAGGUUGAUGCUCGUCCUGUGAAGCCAGUUCCUUAUGCUCCCGCUCACAUUCCUUCUAUGCGCUCGAGGACUGGCCCUGUCAAGCGACGACUUCCUCCAAGUGCCGACCGAAAUUUCGCGAAUGAAAGUCAAUUGUACGACAAUGCUAGCAUUAUGUCCAGUUCGUAUCAACAACAAGACUACGAUUUUCACAUCUCACCCCCCUUGGAUGAAGCGGAGAUAAACCGUCGUACUGCAUUACGAGAUAUCAUGGAAGAACAACAAUACAUGCGGGGUGGUGCUCAAUCUGGGCCCAUAUUAGAGCUUAGUGAUGGAACCACUGUUGAUGUCGGACAGGGUCUGAAAUGGCCAUUUAGGUUUUUUGCAAGGCUUACAAAGGGUCUCUUCAAUAUUUUUGGCGACAUUUCCAAGUCUUUGAUACCGCCAUUUCUUGUUUGUACCAUUGCCUUCGUUGCAUGGACUAUCUAUUUGAAUAGUGGCGAGCCUAGCCUACGUUGGUAUGGCUCCGACAUGUCGUCGAACAUUGGACAGUUCAUCCCAUCGCAAAUCAAACAUCCCACUAGGAUAUUUGCCCCAGGGGAUCUCAAAGAAAUCUAUCGACGUUUGGAUGCUGCUGAAGCUGAUAUAUCGUUCCUCAAACAUCGUCCUUCCAUUGACCAAAAUGCUGUGGUAGAAAUUCAGAAACUGCUUCCUGAUUUCCUUGUUCUUGAAAAGGAUUAUUCUGGAAAACCAGUACUUCCUGCAAAACUUUGGGAGGCUAUGCGAGAAAAGAUUCGAACUGAUCCAUCCCUUAUUCCAGAGCCUGUCUAUGUUCCUUCCGAUGGUCCUUCGACCUCUUCCCCCCCGCCUGAUACUCGCAGCACUGAAGUCUUCAAUGCCAAGCAAUUUGAUCGAUAUCUAGAAAGUAAUAGACUUAAGAUUCAGGGCUGGGCUGGUACUGAAUUUGACGUUCUUCAUCAAUCUCGAAUACAACAACUUAUCAACGAUGGUAAGAUUGCUUCAAGAGAUGAUGUCAUCGAAUUGAUCAAGAAGCAAUGGAAAGAUAAGGCAGCAGAUAUCCAAUUAGAGCUUCAAAAAUAUAUUAAAGAUUUGGAAGACAAGGUCACAAAACUUGGAAAGAAAGCUCUCACCGCCGAGCACGUAAGGGCAAUUGCUAGUCAAGUUAUCUCAGCUCAAAUCGAAGCUCUUUCAGACACAAAUGUCAACCAAAGAUUCGAUCGACCCGUUCAUCGCAUGGACCAUUUCGCCAAACGAUCCCAUUCUGCUGUUAUUCCUCGUCUUACCUCUCCUUCCUACCGUUUUCCACACAUGGAUUUUGGAUUUAUUCAUAGAAGUAUUGCCUUGAUCUUCAAUCAACCCAUUCCCCUCCCCAAUUCCGCCGAUACAGCUCUGACCGCAUGGGAGGAGAUUGGAGAUUGUUGGUGCUCACCACAACAAAAUGGCAACGGUCCUACAAUUGGUGUCGUAACAGCUAAUCAUAUCUGGCCUGACCAAGUCGUUGUGGACCACUUCCCUCAAUCCGGUUACGCCAAUUCAGGUCUCUCACCUCUCUCAGCACCCAGCCACAUGGAACUUCUGGCCUAUAUCCCUCACAGCCCUACUUUCGUGAAAGUCAAAGCUGAAUCCGAAAAGAUUUUCCCCGAAGCAAAUUAUGAUGAUCUUGAAUCUGGCUGGGUAAAGCUAGGUGAUUGGACAUAUGAUGCUUAUGGUUCGAGCACUCAAGCUUUUCCACUACAAGUGGAUCUUAAGGAUUUCGUCACGGAGCCAGAUGAGAACAUCAAGAACGAUACGUCUGCCAGCAACAAAUUCUUGGUCAGAAGUAAGGGAAAUCAUGGGAACGGCCAGGUGCCUUAUACUUGUCUUUACAGACUUAAGCUACAUGGAGAUGUGAGGCCAAAUAAAAAUUCUCUUUAUAAAGGGAUUAGUGAUGCUUGAGGAUGGGGAUGUGUAAAUUCAUCCGUUUUUUUUUUUCCUUUAUCGAAUUUGAUUUGGUUUGGUUUGGCGAAGGGUUUACAUUGGGAAGGGGUGUAUAUGGUAUAGUGCCAAAUGGGAAUGGGUGGGAUGGGAUUGGAAUGGGAAGGGAAUCUUACUUACCGCGCGAUCACUUAUUUCACAAACAAAGCUGGAUUGUACGGACAUGGAGUGGGAUUUUGGGCACAAUUGGAUGGGGUUGGCGUAUGAGGAUACAUACCCUUCGUUCAGGGUGCGUACACACUAUACCAUACAUGGAACUCCGUACCUGUCUGUGUGUUUGGUAUGCAGACAGUUGUAACCCAGGUUAGGGAAUGAAGAAAUA